CUUCUAGGACCAGUAUGACAACCUUUCCAUGCAUACGUUGAAAGGAAUCGACUUUUUAGAAAAAUAUGGACAGUUUGUGAAAGACAGAGCUACAAUAGAAUGUGAAUAUGCUUCCAAGUUGAGGAGGUUAGUGAAAAGUUACCAACCCAAAAAGAAGGACGAAGAUGAUUACCAGUUCACUUCCUGUAAGGCAUUUAAAGCCUUAAUGAAUGAAGUUAAUGACCUUGCCGGUCAACAUGAAUUAGUAGCAGAGGACUUGCAAGCAAAUGUGAUAAAAGAACUGACUGCUUUGGUUAAAGAUUUAAAAGAAGAAAGAAAAAAACAGCUGCAAGAAGGACUGAGGUUGUCACAGAGCCUUCAAGCACAAAUUGAGGCGUUGCAAAGGGCGAAAAAGGCGUAUGAUAAGGCCUACAAAGAGGCGGAAAAGGCGAUAGAAGGGUUCCAGAAAGCCGACGCGGAUUUCAAUCUAUCAAGGGCUGAAGUCGAAAAACAAAGAUCAAAUAUGUCACAUAAGACGCAGGCAUGCGACUCUGCCAAAAAUGAAUACGCACAACAAUUACAAAGGACAAACGAACUACAGAGGCAACAUUUUAGAUCUGGACUACCAGAAGUAUUUAGGCAGCUACAAGAAUUAGAUGAGAAGAGGAUAAAGAAUAUAAAGAAUUUCAUUAAGGCUUCAGUCCAUAUAGAGCGAAAUGUUUUUCCUAUAAUUAACAAAUGUUUAGAUGGGAUUUUAAAGGCUGCAGACAUAAUUAACGAGAAAGAGGAUACAAUGCUGGUGAUAGAAAAAUAUAAGUCUGGUUUCCAACCCCCAGAAGAUUUUCCUUUUGAAGAUCUUUCCAAGAGUGGUGGGGGCAGUGAUUCGGGAAGCGCCAACAAUAUCAACAACAUCGCCAUGAGUGGAAAACUGAAGGAUGGCGGGUACACGGUUAAGGGCACAAUUACAGGGAAAUCGAUGAAAAAACGAACCGGAUUAUUCCAUAUAUUCGGGAGCAGAGGGCUUUCCGAAGUCUGUAUGGCUAUAAAGAAUGCUGCAAUUUCUGAUGGAAAGGAGGACCUUAGCGAGCUUCCGCCUAACCAAAGGAGGAAAAAAUUGAUCCAGAAAGUGGAAGAGCUCCAGACUAAAGUCGCACAGGAAACUGCCGCUCGAGAUGGACUGAUGAAAAUGAAAGGAGUAUAUGAGGCAAAUCCUGCAUUAGGUGAUCCUAGGACAAUAGAAAGUCAGUUAAACGAAUGCUCACACCGUUUGGACAAACUGCACCAAGAACUAUCCCGCUACCAGUCCUUCUUGGAAGAGUGCGUGCGGAGCAUCCAACCGAGCUCAGGUGGGGGCGAUAACAACUCACCCCAACUACUUGCGAAUGGCGGAGCGGGCGGACAGAGGCGGAGAACAGGUGUGGCAGGAGGGGUACGACGCGGCAGUGUUGGCAGUGAAGAACGGGAGUCACUGAGCCGAUCAGCGAGUGACAGCAGUGUACAGAAUGGCAGGAAUGAUGUAGGAAGUGGGACGGGGACAAAUGGAGGCGGAGCGGGAGGGAAGAGUGCACCCGGUACACCGCAGCUCAAUCACGGUUGUUCCAAUAGCCCCGAGAGCGGCCUGGGAGCGUCACAUACGUCCUUACACCAUGCUGACUCCGAUCCCGACCAGUAUGAUGGACGGGACGAUAUGCAGGAGGGAGAAUACUAUGAGGCCGAACUAUUGCCAGUUAUUGGAACGUGCAGAGCGCUCUAUCCCUUUGAAGCUACAAGUGAAGGCAGUAUUCCAAUGGCUCAAGAUGAAGAAUUACAUCUGAUAGAAUUGGACCAAGGUGAUGGAUGGACGAGGGUGCGAAGAAACACUGGCGACUGUGAAGAAGGUUUUGUACCCACCUCAUAUAUUGAAUGUGUACUUCUCGAUACCUAGAUCAAAACUAAAUGAAACAUGUGGUUGCCGUGAGAGGUUAUCAUUGUUAGUCUUGCAAAGGCAUGCCAGAUAUGGUGCAUUACUUAUUACUAGGUCGGCUGUUAUUUUUUUUAAAUCGUCGGUAAAGGUUUCUUCGAAAGUGUCAUGGACUUGCCAAAAAACUUACCAGCCAACCCAAUAUUAUUCGAAUGGGCGCUGCUAUAAGAUUAUUGCCCUUUAUGAAGUGAAAGUGUAUUUACAAGUCAAAAGUAUCAAUUUAGAAUUAAAUAUAUUUUUGUAAAUUAUUUAUGCAAUAUUUAACUAUGUAGUUAGUUCUUCUUGUUUUCGCCUUUAUAUAUUUUAUGUAUCUGCAGUCGAGGUGACGAAUUCUGUUGUUGGCUGAAAAUUUCGUUAUCAUUGUAUUUGAAGGAAACUAUUAUAAAUCUGACCAAUAUUGUUUUUAAUCGCAUUUAAUCGGUCAUUCUAGAAUGACAUGACAUUUUGAGAGAUUUGCGACAGUCUUUGGAACCAGCUAUAACAUAACAUCCAAUGCACGUGAGUUCACCAUUUUCAGUUCAUAUUCCCAUCAAAUUCAAGUUAAGUGUAGUACGCUUAUACAAAUAAGACUUGUAAUCACUUUAAUAUAUAGGGUGUUCCAUCCGUUCCUUCUUUUUUUAAUCUAUAAAAAAAAAAAUUAUGAUUAAGAAACCGAACUCUUUAUUGAAAAUUGUAGGUCGGUCUUUGCCAUUUAUGUAUGGAAUAUAACAUCGCACAUAUGUCCACCGUGGCUCCGUUGACAUGCCAUCGUCCGACCAUCAAAAUUUUCGAUGACUCUUUGCAGUAUUAGCGGAUCCACGGCCGCAAUUUCGGUGCGAAUGUUGCGCUUAAGGUCUUAAAUCGUCCGUGGGGCAGUCAGUCCUUUGGCUUUAAGUCGCGUCACCUUGGAAGCCAAUUCACGUCGGAAUUUCUCAAAGUAAUGCGAUCUGGAAAUUUCUCGGCGGAUAACUGGAUUGUUCAGCGAGCUGUGUGCGAAGUUGCACCAUCUUGCUGGAACCAAAGGUCAUUGGCAUCAAUAUCUUCAAACAAAAUCCGUUAUCAUACUACGAUGACAUUCGGCGGUGAGUUCAUCCUCGAAAAAGGACGGUCCAAUGAUGCCAUCAGCCCAUAAUCCGCACCAAACAAUUACUUUUUGAUCAUGGAGAGGUUGUUCAUGGAUCUCGUGUGAAUUUUCCGAACUCCAAAUCCUAGAGUUUUGCUUAUUUACGUGACCACUGAGGUAAAAAUGUGCUUCGUCUGGAAAGAUGAUUUUAGACGAAAAUCCCCCUCCUUUUCCAAGCAUCCAUUUAACAAAAAUACACGAUUGAUGAUAGUCCGCUGGCUUCAAUUUUUGAGUUAGUUGAAUCUUGCAUGGGUAUAGGUGGAGAUCAACAUGCAAAAUCCUCCAUAAUGUUGUUGGCCUGAUGUCCAAUUCUUGCGAACGGUGUCUUAUCGAAGUUGAUGGCUGCUCAUGAACACUUUCACUCACAGCGGCCACUGAUUCAGGUGUACGUACCGGACGGGCAUGUUCAUAUGUUCUGCAACCUUCAUCUGAGCCAGUUUCCUCAAAACGAUUGAUAAUCCACCGAAUUUCACGCUCUGUGGGUCGAUUAUGUCGACCAAAUUCAUCACAAAGUUUGCGGAAAGUACUUUUUAAAGAUCGUCCGUUUUCGUAAUAUUUUUGGACGAGCAAAAUGCGUUCUUGCGUUGUUAAAGAAUCCAUAAUAAAUGGCAGACCUUUGACAGUUCAUAUGUGCUGAACACAUGGCAGUUGACACAUUUAAUAAGCAUGUCAAGAAAUGGUAGUUGAAGAAAAGAAGCAAUAGAUGGAACACCCUUUACAUACUAUACUACUAUUGUUUCGAUUUUUUUCCCUUAGUUAUCCAAAUACGCAGCUUUGCCUGGGUAAAGCAACCGGGGGAUUAUUCAAUGUCUUGUGUUUAGAAUGCCUUAUUUUAGUUGGAAAAACAUCCUUUGUUCCAAAUUAAUUUAAACAGCUUUAUCACAAUCAGAUAAGCUGAUUUUUCAGCCAAUGUGCAUUUUGGAAUCAAGGAUUAAUUUACAAUAAUUGCGAACAAAAUGUAGUAUACAGGUUGUGUAUCCAGAGCACGCUGCUGCAGCUCGGUCGGCGCCGGCGGUCGAGUGUGGGCGCGACACCUGAGAAGGAGUCAGCGUUGCCGUUCUUUAGCCUAAUGCGUAAUCUUUCGUAACACAACCUGUAUAUACUGACUUGAAUACAAAAUAUUAUCCAGUACAAUGGCUAUAAACGUUUAUUAAAAGUCAGUCCAGAAUGAUAUAGACGGUAUUUUCAUUUGUAGAUAGUUUAAUACUUACAUAACCUAUUGUUUACUAUGUUUUAUCUUUUUAUAUGUGUAUAUUUCUGUACACUAACCCUGUGUACUGUGUGUUUCAAAUUAGACGCGCAUCAUUUAGAUCUCAAAAACAGUAAGAGAUACAAAGUCGGUUAAAUGGGAUUUUAAAAUAAAAAGUACAUCAACAUUUCAACUUUUUCUCCUCUACAAAGUGACAAUUAGAAUUUCAAUAUAACCUUUCAUCUCUUAUCCUCAACCAUCAAGUUUGUCCUGGUGAAUACACUUUUCAAUUCUUAUUCAAAAAAUGUAUAUGACAUGCAUUGAUAUUGUCAAACCUAAGUUAUUUCAAUAAAACUAAUAUUGUGAUAGUCACCUUUCAUAUGUGAUAUAAGCGUGUAUAGGACAUUCUUAGCACGAUGAAGGCACUGUACAUGACACAUCUUCUCUAUGAUGAGGUUCAAAUUUGGCUGACGUCAUAAUGUGUACGAGAGAGAAGCGUGCAAUAUGUAUGUUAGAAAGAGUUCGCCGAUGGCAUCCUCGUACCCGGGUUGCUAGGCAACGAGGUGCUUCUAUCUCUUUCUAACACACUUAUUUGCACGCUUCUCGCGCUUUUCUCUUGUACACAUUACGACGUCAGUGGCAUUAGGUUUUCAGUGUAUAUUUUGAGACAGUUCGGUUUCUUUCGUCCAUCUCCGGAAAUCUCGGAAUUGCGAAACUUUCUGACAUUUUCUUAGUUACCAACCGACUUUAUGUCUCUUACCAUUUGUGAGAUAUCAGUGGUGACAGUCGAUGUGUAAAACUCACAUCCAAUAUGUGCUGAAAGGAAUAAAACAUGAUUGUUCCAAAAUCAAACGUAUUUUCUUAAUAUUAGCUAAAACUAUUUUUUACCUUUUUUCAUCUGUGAUUGCCUGUAUAGAUACAGAUUACAGGUAGCAGUAAUCAUAUAAUAUACAUAACACGGAAGUUUUGGAAAAUCAAAACGAAAAUGUUAGCUAACACCAGACAUUGCUCAGCUUUUGUAAAAGUGAAACUAGAUUUUAAGGACAAAUCAACAAAAAUAAUUAUCAUAUUAAUAUUGAUUUGGAAAAAUUAAUUACAUGCUUUAUAAUCUCUCUAAAUGAUUAAGACAAUUUCAUGCAUUUAUCUUUGCAGACAUCAUAUCAAUCUCAUCAUAUCGCUUGUUUUGCAUUUAAUCAGCUCUAUAUUUAAGUAGUAUUGUCCUUAAAACCUGAUUGUAUAUGGAGUGUACGUCAAUUUCCUAAAUGUAUUUGUAUAUGACUGAACCUUGUAAUAUACUAUAUAG